AUGUCUCUCCACGCAUUUAUCAAUAAGAAGGUCCUUAUUCUUACCGUUGACGGCCGUACGCUUGUCGGCAACCUUCUUUCAACCGACCAAAUGACCAACCUUGUCCUCACCAGCACCGUCGAACGCAUUAUCCGCUCUCAAGAUGAAGACGAGCCCUCUUCCGAGAUCGAACAUGGACUGUAUCUGAUCCGUGGCGAUAAUGUGGUGGCUUGCGGUGAAAUAGACGAAAAGAUUGACGGAGACAUUGAUUGGACCAAGGUGAAGGGCGAAGUCAUCCGCGACACCAAGAACGCAUGA